AUGUUUGACAAGCAACAUUACGAGAGUCCACCAGUCUACAGCCCCCCCUACAGCCCGCCGUCCAACAAUGGCUUCGGUCCUGCCGGCAGCUUCCAUGGCCCUCAGAGUGACUACAACGCAUACCCACCUCCGCCGGGAUCUUACUACAUCGAAGACCGGCCGCAGCACUUCUACAAAUGGCGGUCACCUCCUGGGAUCAUCAAGGCCAUGAUGGCUACAGUGAUAGUGUUGUGUCUGGCCAUAUUCGCCUGCGUCGCUUCGACUCUAAUGUGGGAUAUGCAGUACUCAUAUGGAGGCGGCUACUACGGCUCCGGUCUGGGCUACGGCAGUGGCUACUCUGGAGGCAGCUACGGCUCGUCCUACGGAGGCCUUGGAGGUUACGGAGGUUAUGGAGGUUAUGGAGGCUAUGGGAACUACUACGGCUCCUACGUGUCUCCUUACUCAGCCAAAACUGCCAUGAUUGCCAUGGCAGCUGUCAACUUUAUCGGCUGUAUGUCAUUCUUCAUCGCCAGCUUCUCUAAGUCCAGUGUUGUCCGUGGCCGAAAGUACUUCCUGGCCGUCCUUAUAGCCAGCGUUCUCAUGGGGGUCUUGCAGGGCAUCAUGACCAUUGUCUACAUUGUCGGAGUAAAUCCCAUGGCCCAGAGCUCUUCCAACAUUAUGUAUAAUCCGAUGCUCAUGAUGUGUCAGAACCUCUAUCAGACCAGCUACUCACAGAUGGGAGGACUGGGAGGUUUUCCUAUGUACAACCAGUACCUGUACCACUACUGUUUUGUGGACCCCCAGGAGGCGAUUGCCAUGGUGUGUGGAUUCCUGGUGGUCAUUGCUUUGGGCGUCGCUGCUUUCUUUGCUCAGAAAACAAGAGGGAAGAUCUGGCGCUACGGAAAACCAAAUAUCUACUGGCAAGAGCCUCUAGUUGGUGGGAAAACGUCAGAAGGCAGAGACGUAGAGGAAUGGGUGAACAAUGUGGAGGAAAGCCGCAGCGUUCAGGAUGCGCCGACUCUGCUGGUGUCCGAGAAGGGAGGCGGUUUGCUCAACGCCUCAGCCAACAGUGUCAGCUCCUUCCCCCCCGCCAAGGUGGACAGCACCUCCUACAACGAAGAUGAUAACCAAUACUCUGAAAAAAUGACGAGCCGUCCAUUAGAGGGGUAUUCCCACGGCGGCAGGACGAGCUCCAGCCCCUCGGAGGAAACGGGAGGCCGCCGGCCGGCCGCCAACAGGGGCAAGAGGCGCAGACGCAACCCUGACAUGGACGAGUCCCAGUACGAAACGGAGUACACAACUGGAGGAGAAACAGGAAACGAACUGGAUGCAGAGGAAUGGGAGAGUGUGUACCCGACGAUAACUUCAGAUUCUCAGAGGCACGAAUACAAGAGAGAGUUUGAUUCAGACCUGCGAGAAUACAAGCGCCUGUGUGCAGAGAUGGACGACAUCAACGACCGGCUGAACAAACUCAGCCGGCAACUGGACACACUCGAUGAGAGCUCAGCUAAAUACCAGGUUGUUGCAGAGGAAUAUAAUCAGCUGAAGGAUCUGAAGCAGACUUCAGAGUACCAGUCUAAGAAGAGGGAGUGCCGCAGGCUGAGGCACAAACUGUUCCACAUCAAGCGAAUGGUGAAGGACUACGACAAGAACCACUGAAGGGUCCGCUCUGUUCCAACUCUCCGCUCGGUGGGCCGCACUGCAAAAACCACUCACCCAUUGCCACAUCGAGCUACACUCCCUAAUACUUCAGAGACUGCAGCAUGCUGAGGCCAAAGUUACAGCACACACACACACACAUCCAGACUCACACUGCAUUCAGUACAAAGCACAGAGAGCUUACCUGGGAAAAUAAUGAUUAAGAGUUGUGUUUACUUUGAUUUUCUGAUCACUAACCGUCAUUCGUCUGCUUAUUGGAGCAAAAUGAAGGCGGUGUGGACAGUGGUAGCCUCUCCUGAUAGAACAGAGGAGAAAGCAGUCGUUUGAAACCGAUUUUCAGUCAGCUGAGGUAACAACAAGCUGUGGACGCAGGCAGAGGUUGAACUGCUAACAGGGAUUGUUUGGCAGCAAAUAUGCAGCUCUGUUAAUCUUUGGUGUAGUCUUUGUUGCAGACGUGCUUCACUUGAGCUUUUUUCACAUAAGUGUCAGUAUUUGCAGCCACCUUAACCAUCAGAGAACUGCCAGCCUGUGGGAACGUUGUACUGUUUUUGUUUUUUUAUUGACUCAUAACUGUGAUCAGACCAAAAAGUGGAUAAAACUACCAUUGUGGUAUACUGUGUUGUACUGUACAUACUUUAAAGGAAUUAAUUUCAUACUACAUAUCAAGAACAAACAGAAAUUAUAUCAGAUUGUAGAGCAUUGUUAUUAUUAUUAUAUACGGACGACUUUUUAAUCAGUGUCAUUUAAAAUCUGGUUAGUAAAAUAAAUCAAACUGGUUUUAUGUUCUCUAUCAUGAGCACUCCACUGUAAACCUGCCCUCAAACAUGUUCUUCAUUUCAAUCUGCUGUAAUAUUCCAAUUUUUCUGUCAAAUGCAAAAAAAAAAAAAUCUGCUGUAGAUUUUAAAAUUGCCUUUAAUUUGUUUUGCAUUUUCAUUUUUAUGGAGAUUUUUAUUGUCUUUUUAAAAAACUGUUUUUGAGCCAUUUAUUUUUGUAAGACAUUUAUUUUCAUUGUUGCGUCAUAAAAUACUUGUUGUUUUUUUUCUUUUUUUAACUGUGCACCUGCAUAAAUUAUGUUGUCUACAAAGCGUUAAUUUAGCACCUAAUAAAUAUCUAAUUCUCAACAACA